GCACAGUUUGUAAAAAAGUAGCUUAAAAAAGUGGGCGGGGUCCUCCAUACUCUGGUAAUGCCUGCUCGUUUCUCGUCUCUUUUAUGCUGCAAGUUUGUAUGUUCGGGCCUAAGUCUCGAUAAGGUGGCAAUCACCAAUUCAACGUUUGUCGAAUUUUAAUUAAACCUCAUUCAAUAGGGAUAUUUCUAUUUCUAUUUUUAUCAGUAUUAUAUUAUUUGUGAGUCCACUUCCACUUUUAUUGUUAAUAAUUUUGUAUUUCCAUUAUUCCUAUUCCAAAAUGAUAGAAUUAAAAAUGUAAAAAUAUUGUGGAUAACAAAUUAGAACAUUUUACACUCGUUUUUCAAGACAAAUUUCCACAUUGAUUUGGAUUUUCCCAAAAAUUGAGAAGAGACAAAUUCAAAAAUAACCUCGUGAAAUUUGGGGAAAGUAAGUUUUUGUAUGUGUGUAUAAUUCUGACAUAUUAAAUCUACCUAUAUAUGUGUCUCAAUGUUUUCUAUAUGGAAUUAAUAACACACUACCAUUAUUGUAUUGUGUAUUUAUUUUCCUACAAUGCAAUUUGAGAUAUCCUAAAAAAAUUGAAUAUGUCACAUUUAGUUUAUUUUUAAAAUUUAAAUAAAAAACACAUUUUUAACUGCACACAUACAAACUUACUUUGUCCGAGAUCAAGCAAAAAUCGCUCGAUAAGAACAAAAAUUUUACAUUUAUCAAAGUGUUUUAUGAAUAAGGACACAGUACCUUGUAAAUUGUGAAGGUACAUACAGCCAUUCAGAAAUCCUUCCCUUAUAUAUUCAUAUAAAAAACAGACAAUGUAACCACCAACAAGAAUAAGCUAUGCUAUUUAUUUAAGUAUAAAAUUUAGAAUUUUAAUUGCCAGGGUUAUAUUGUCUAUUUUGUUUAAUAAAAAUCAAUCAACUAAUUUAGUUAGUACCCAAAACGUUUCAUAGAAUGUAGCUAUUUCAUUCCAGAAGUUACAAUUAAUCUGCUCAAAAUAUUUAGACGAACAUUACCUAUUUUUUUACCAAAAAUAGUUUUGUAUUUUUUUAAAUGGCGGACAGAAUCCAUUUUUGUUACACUUAUUCCAGAAACUAUAUUAGUAGUAAAAUAUUUUAAUACACAGGGUGAUUCAAAGGUUGAAACUUACUUUUUAACUGUUUAUAAAAGUCAUUUAAACAACAUGGUCCUUCGAGCAAAAGUUUAAAAAAAAAAAAUGUUAAAACAAUUAAAAAAGAAAUAUGAAGAAACCAAAGGCUACCUGGUACAAUGACAAAAAUUUAAAGAGGAAAGUAAAUCAGAGAUGGUAAGAAAGUUAAAUCUUGAGGAUACUGAUCAAGAAAUGAGACUGAAAAACAAAAAUGGAAAUGGAUGAAAAUAAGAUCAACUCCAAAGAUCAGUGGCUCAUAAACACAUCAGGAAAGACAUGGGGGAGUAUUUCGGAAUUACAUGAGGAGAUUAUGGCUGUUGAAACUUUCCAAAACAGAUAUUUUAUAGAAGGGAUAUUCACUAAAAAGGAGGAAUAUGUAGAGGAACUAAUGAAGAAAAUUGAAGAAAAAAUUGCAAAUAAUGGGAAUCCAAAUCAAUAUGAUAAAAAUAGACUGAACAUGCAGUUACCAAAAAUAAAACUACCGAUGUUUGAUGGGAACUGUGACCAAUGGUUUACAUUUCAUGACAUUUUCCAAAAAGUUAUUCAUGAAAGCAGUUGCCUUACAAUCUUUGAAAAAAUGCAGUAUUUAAAAAAGAAUGUUCGGGGAGAAGCUAGCCAAAUGAUAAAACAUUUGGGAAUAAGCGAACACAACUACCAGUCAGCUUGGGACAUUUUAAAAAAACGUUAUCAAAAUAAAAGAAAACUAGUAGCAACAUUAGUUGAUAAAAUAUUGGAUUUGCCAGUAAGACAUAAUGAAGUAUCUAAUAAACUCAAAGAACUCCAUGAUGUUAUAAUGGAAUGUAUAAAUGCUAUGACCAAAAUUGGUAUUGAUACAGGAUCAUGGGGACCGAUGUUAACUCGAAUCGUAAUGCGAAAAUGGAAUACCAAUACCAAUAACAACAGGUUAAAUGAAUAUACAUUAAAUUCCAGUUCUGCUGGUCCCAGUACUUCUGGGCUCAGUUCUGAUCAUCCCAGUGCUACUGGUCUCAGUUCUGAUUAUCCCAGCGCUACUGAUAUUGCAGGUCCCAGUAGUGAGAUUAAAUAUUUUUGCCCUGCAUGUAACGAAGAAUAUAGCGACCCACCAUCUGAAAUAUCAUGGUGGCACGAAGCAUGA